CUCCCACAUAAUUAUGCGCCAUACAUCAUUAUAACCACACACCGUGCACAUAAUUAUUGACGAUUGGUAUAGCUAACAAACACCUAACAUGAAAAUGUUAUGGUCUAAAAUGAUCACAGUCAAAAUACUGUUGAUCCACCUACAAUGAUGCCCCCCUCCCACACAAGUCAUAGUCACACAACACACACAUACUGACCAACAACUAACCGGGCACCAAUGAAAAGAUGUGGGCUCAAGUAUAUAGUUAUGUCCUGACCACUUCUACCCACCAGCAGCCCCAGAUUCUGUAGUACUUAAGACGGCACACGGAAGACCUGAAUUUACUUAAACUUCAUCCUUGUUCUUACCAAGCAUCUGAAACAGCUGAUACAGUUGUGAAAAUGAGAAUAUUUCAAUCGAUCCUCAUCUAUGUCGGUACGCUCAUCCCAAUGCUACUUCUUAUCAGGGAGGGCCAAACUGCAGCUCUUCCUUGUGACCAUCCUCUAAGAAUUUCUGCUCCACAAUAUUUCAGCCAUUGUGACUCAGUUUGCACAUACUCAGAUUGGUCUGAAUGGCUGGCCGUUCCUAAAAGUGUGCACGUGGUUCCUUCUUCUCAAUGUCCAACCAAAGAGGCCUACCAGGAAAUACGCAAAAGAGGUGUGCUGGGUAAAUCAAUUGCUGACUGCACAGAGACAUCAGAGACACGAUCAAUCUGUCUUCCCGAUCAAGAGGACAGGCUAAUUUUAGCUCUUGGACUUGGAGGUUCCAAACAAGACUUCAGUCCCAUUGGCUCUCCAGGCCCGGCUGGUCCACAAGGUCAACCUGGUUCGGCUGGUCCACAAGGUCAACCUGGUGCAUCUGGUCCGAAAGGACCUUCAGGUCCUGUUGGUCAACCUGGUCAGCCUGGGGCUAAACCUCCUAGUGGACCUCCACCAACACUUCCAAUCAGGAUUCCUGGUGUGCAUGGACCUGGUCUCCGAUGUCCUCAUAACGACGGAAUUGGACAAAUAUGUUCUCAUUUAACAAAAAAACGGUCAGUGUCACUUCGAGACGAGUUUAUGGAGGCAGAAGGUAUAAGCUUGCAAGAAACUGAAGAAUUCAAUUCUGAAGACAUCCUUUCGUUUGAAUCGAGAAAAGUUGCGUUACCUUUUAGCUGGACAGACCAUGGACCUCGCUUAAGACGCCAAUCUCAGUCUUGCAGCCCGCUUGAUGUUCAACAUGUCUUGUUUAUUCUCGACUCUUCUGGAAGUAUUGGUCUUGAUAGGUACCAACGAAUGAAGGACGCUCUCAGCAAGCUUGUUCCUUUGUUUUGCAACCAAGUUAAGUUUGCAAUGGUGACCUUUAGUAGAGAUAUAAGUUUGGAGUUUUGCUUUGACUGCUUUGAGAACACCUAUCUUGGUAGAGAAGCUACUUCAAGUGCUAUCAGUAGUGCAGAGUAUCACAAUAGAAAUACAAACACUGGAGCUGCAACAAAAUGUGUGUGCGACGAACUGCUUAACCACAAAUGCGGAAUAACUAGCAAUCCGAGCUGUCUAGAUGUGGUGUACAUUACAGAUGGAAAAUCAAACGAUAGAACGCAUAAGGUGUGCAAAGAAGUAGAAUGCUUACAUCAGAAGUACGGAGUCAACACGUACGCUAUUGGAAUAAACAGUCAAACAUCACACAGCUCUUCUGUCAACCAAGAGGAACUAGAUUGCAUCUCUGAUUCCAGCAACAUUUUGAGUGCAUUUCAGUACAAUAGCUUUGAUGAUUUUGAGGAGGCUAUUGAUAAAAUCAUCAUACGUCUCUUCGAAGUGAUCGUGAGUGGAAAUCCUUAUGCAUGUCUUCGUCGUGAUGAAGUUAUCGAUCCAACUGGUGCUCCUUGAUGUAAGACAACAAGAAACAAAAAAAGAAACGUAUAUAGUUGUGUAUAUACUGUUAUAGAGCUGUUCAAUUAGAAACUGCUUUGCUAUUUUCAGUCACUGUUUCA